UGGCGGCAUGAAGCAUUCGCAUUUCGGUUGGCAAAUGAAGUAAAAGUGACGAAUAGCAGAGUAAGCACGAGAAGUACAUGGGAAAAAAGUGGUUUGAUUGACAAUUUUUUCGUUUGUGCUCUCGCUGCUGUUCACAUUUUAUCCUUUUUACGUAUCAAUUUUAUAAAAUUAAUUUGGUAAUGUGUUUGUACGAACAAUUUUUGUGACAAAUUCAAGAAAAGUGAGAAACGACCUUAAGUGCGAAACAAGUUGAAAAAAAAAGAAAAAAAGAACUUAAACGAAACAAAGACAGUAAUUUACGGCAUAAUCUUGAGAUUGAUUGUGAAAAGUGAGGGAUUUGUUGAAUUGUGAUCCAGGCGACGCAUACAAAUCACAUUUAGAACAAUCGGAAACCAUUGUUUUAAAUUCGGAACAACAAAAAUUUUGGCAUCAAAAUGUCCGAGUCACAGAGAAAUGGCGGUAAUAUCGAAAAGAUAUACCAGAAGAAGUCACAGUUGGAGCAUAUUUUGCUUCGGCCGGACACAUACAUCGGUUCGGUGGAGCCGCUGAAAGAAAUCAUGUGGAUCUACCAAAGAGAGACAAGCACCGAUGAAAGCGGCAACACGAUCACAAAAGGUAAAAUGGUGCAGCGUGAAAUUCAAUACGUUCCCGGUUUGUACAAGAUUUUCGAUGAAAUCUUGGUGAAUGCGGCCGAUAAUAAGCAACGUGACAAAAAAAUGACAUGCAUUCGUAUUGACAUCAAUCCAGAAACAAAUACCAUUUCUGUUUGGAACAAUGGCAAAGGUAUUCCAGUUGUUAUGCACAAAGAUGAAAAAAUGUUUGUGCCCACCAUGAUUUUCGGCCAUUUGCUCACAUCGUCCAACUACAACGAUGAAGAAGAAAAAGUAACGGGUGGACGUAAUGGCUAUGGUGCCAAACUGUGUAACAUCUUCAGUUCAAAAUUUGUUGUUGAAACGGCAUCGCGAGAAUACAAAAAAUGCUUCAAACAAACAUGGGGAAGCAACAUGUCAAAAGCAGCCGAGCCAAAAAUUGCCGAUUUUCGAGGUGAAGACUACACAAAAGUCACAUUCUGUCCCGAUUUAACCAAGUUCAAGAUGGAAAAGUUGGAUGAUGACAUCGUUGGCUUGAUGUCUCGUCGUGCAUACGAUAUUGCCGCAUCAUCACGUGGUGUCGCUGUAUAUUUGAAUGGCGAAAAAUUGCCAAUUAAAUCGUUCAAGGACUACAUUGAUUUGUACAUCAAAGACAACGCCGAUGAUUCUGGCGCACCAUUGAAGGUCGUUUAUGAGAAUGUCAACGACCGUUGGGAAGUUGCCAUCGCACUUUCAGAUCGUGGUUUUCAACAAGUAUCGUUCGUCAAUUCGAUUGCAACGACAAAAGGUGGUCGACACGUUGACUACGUCACCGACAUGAUUGUCAAACAAUUGAUCGAAACACUGAAGAAGAAAAAUAAAGGCGGCGUAAGCAUCAAACCAUUCCAAGUGAAAAAUCACAUCUGGAUAUUCAUCAAUUGUUUGAUUGUGAAUCCAACAUUCGAUUCACAAACCAAAGAGAACAUGACAUUGCAGACCAAAAGUUUUGGUUCACAAUGCAAAUUUUCCGAAAAGUUUUUCACCGGCGUCUCGAAGAGCGGCAUUCUUGAGUCGGUAUUGUCAUGGGCAAAGUUCAAAGCACAAAAUGAUUUGGCCAAAACGAGCGGAAAGAAGAAUUCAAAAUUGCGUGGCAUUCCAAAAUUGGAAGAUGCCAACGAUGCCGGUACAAAGAACUCAUUGAGUUGUACGCUGAUUUUGACGGAGGGAGACUCAGCCAAAUCAAUGGCUGUAUCCGGUCUUGGUGUUGUCGGCCGUGAUACAUACGGUGUGUUCCCGUUGCGUGGUAAACUGUUGAAUGUACGUGAAGCAACGCACAAGCAAAUUUUGGAAAACGCCGAAAUCAACAAUCUCAUCAAAAUCAUUGGUCUUCAGUACAAGAAGAAGUACCUUACCGUUGAUGAUUUGAAAACAUUGCGUUACGGAAAGGUGAUGGUGAUGACUGAUCAAGAUCAAGACGGUUCGCAUAUCAAAGGUUUGCUCAUUAAUUUCGUGCAUACAAAUUGGCCCGAGCUCUUGCGUCUUCCAUUCUUGGAAGAAUUCAUCACGCCCAUCGUAAAAGUAAAGAAGAAGAACGAAGAGCUGUCAUUCUAUUCGUUGCCCGAGUUCGAAGAAUGGAAAGCGGCCACCGCAAACCAUCACACUUACAAUGUCAAGUACUACAAAGGUUUGGGUACUUCGACGGCAAUCGAAGCAAAGGAGUAUUUCCAGAAUAUGGAUCGUCAUCGAAUCCUCUUCAAAUACGAUGGCACACAAGACGACGAAAACAUUGUCAUGGCAUUUGCAAAGAAAGCGGUUGAUCAACGUAAAGAAUGGCUCACAAACCACAUGGCCGAUUGCAAGCAUCGCAAAGAAUUGGGCUUACAAGAGCAAUAUCUGUACACAAAAACAACCAAACAGAUUUCAUACUCUGAGUUCAUCAACUUGGAAUUGGUUCUAUUCUCAAACGCUGACAACGUUCGAUCAAUUCCAUCGGUUGUCGAUGGUUUAAAACCGGGUCAAAGAAAAGUUUUGUUCACUUGCAUCAAACGUAAUGACAAGCGUGAAGUGAAAGUUGCCCAAUUGGCCGGUUCAGUGGCUGAACAAUCGGCAUACCAUCAUGGUGAACAGUCGCUUUGCAUGACAAUCGUCAAUUUGGCACAAAAUUUCGUCGGCAGCAACAACAUCAAUUUGCUCAUGCCUAACGGUCAAUUUGGUACACGAUUGUCUGGCGGUAAAGACAGUGCAAGUCCUCGUUAUAUUUACACAAUGAUGUCACCGUUGACACGUUUAAUUUUCCAUCCACACGAUGAUCCAUUGCUUCAGUAUCAAUUUGAAGACAAUCAAAAAAUUGAACCACUUUGGUACAUUCCAAUCAUUCCAAUGGUGUUGGUAAAUGGAUGCGAAGGUAUUGGCACCGGGUGGUCGACGAAAAUCCCAAAUCAUAAUCCACGACAGAUCAUUCGUUGCCUACGACGUAUGAUUAACCAUGAUGAACCAGAAAUUUUGCAUCCAUGGUACAAGAAUUUCAAAGGAUCGGUCGAAAAGGUCGGCGACACACGGUAUUUCACAAACGGUAAUGUUGCCAUUGUUGAAGAUGUCAAAAUUGAAAUCACCGAAUUACCAAUUGGUACAUGGACUCAAACUUACAAGGAAAAUAUACUUGAACCAUUGUUGCAUGGAAAUGAAAAGACCAAGCCAAUCAUUACCGAUUACAAGGAAUAUCACACACAUACCACGGUUCGAUUUGUUGUCAGUUUCGCACCAGGUGAAUUCCAACGUUUGGAUUCUGAAGAAGGUGGUUUCCAUAGGGUAUUCAAACUCUCAGCGAGCAUGUCAACAAACACAAUGCACGCAUUCGACAAGGACAAUUGCUUACGCCGCUAUGAAAAAGUCAAUGAAAUUCUAAACGAAUUCUACACUCUUCGUUUGGAGUACUACAUUAAGCGUAAAGACUAUUUGGUUGGCAUGUUGACAGCUGAAGCGGCCCGUUUGAGUGACCAAGCACGUUUCAUCAGUGAAAAAUGUGGUGGCACAUUGGUCGUUGAGAACAAAAAACGCAAAACAAUGAUCGAUGAACUCAUCAAACGUGGCUAUCGCGCUGAUCCAGUGAAAGAAUGGAAACGCAAAGUGAGCCUAGAUGAAGAAGAGGAAGCUCAGCAAGACAAUGAAAAUGAAGAAGAAGAGGAAGAGGAGCGUCCGGACAAAAAACCGAAGAAGCCCGUCGAUCCAGAGAAAGCAUUCCAAAACCUAACUGAUGUGAAGAAGUUUGACUACCUUUUGGGUAUGUCGAUGUGGAUGUUGACCGAAGAACGUAAAAAUGAAUUGCUCAAACAGCGUGACAACAAACUCUCCGAAUUGAAUGCUCUCAAAGCAAAAACACCAGAAAGUCUUUGGAUGACCGAUCUCGAGGCACUCGAAAAGAAAUUAGACGAAGUCGAAGAGAAAGAGCGUCAAGAGGAACUGGGCGUCAAUAUGAAAACAGCAAAACAAUUGGCUGCAAAGGCAACUACAGGUGGCAAACGUAAACGUGCUGGUGCCAAAGUUAACAAUGAAAUUUAUCCAGACGCUGAUGGUAUCAAAGUGGAAUUCAAGCUCACCGACGAAAUCCUCAAAAAAUACGAGAAAAUGGCAGCGGCCGGUGCUCGUGCCAAGGCCAAGAAAGAAGCUGGCGCUGACGGUACUGUUGAAUUGGAUGAAUUUGACAACUUGGUCAAUAAAGUGAAGAAGGAACCAGCUGUGAAGAAAGAAAAGGCGCCAAAAGAACCGAAACCACCGAAAGAGCCAAAAGUGAAAAAAGAACCAAAGGCUAAAAAAUCGGAUGGUCUCAAGCAAUCGAAGAUAAGCUUCGGAAAGAAGAAAAAGGGCAGUGACAGUGAAGAAUCAUUCGAUGAAGAUGAUUUCGAUAAUAGCAGCACCACUUCACCACCAAAACGCGAAGGCUCGGGUCGUCGUGCUGCACAAAAGAAGGUGAAUUAUGCCGCAUUGAACGAGGGUAGUGAUGAUGAUUCAAGUACCGGAAUCGGACGAAAAUCCAAGAAAAAUCCAUUCAGCAGUGACGAGGACGACGAUUUACUCGACAACACUGGUAUCAAAGAACAAUCAUUACAUCAAGGCGGACUUGACGAUAGUGCCGAUCUAUUUGAUUCGCUAAAAGAAGAAGAGAGUCCCAAACCAAAGCCAAAACCACGAAAACUCGGUGCCAAAACCGAAGUCGUCAAAGAUCCAUCAGCAAAAGCACCAAAACGAUCGAAAAAAGCUAUUUCCGAUGACGAUUCACCAAUUAAGAAGCCAGCCGCAAAGAAAAAGAAGAAGGUGGUGGUGAGCAGCGACGAUGAUGAUAACGAUUUCGUCGACGAUGACUCUGAUUCCGAUUUCAACAUGUAAAUGGUCGAUAAACUGCCAUUCAACCACUACAUGAUUCAAUUUUGACACACAAAACUAUAAAUUAAGUGAGCAAAUGAAAAAAAAAAAUCAUAUAGUACAUGCACACAAACACAUAAUCCAUUUAAAGAAAAUGACUUUAAUCUAAUAGGAUAGUUCGUUGGGUGUAUGUGUAAUAUUCAGUUGCGAUUUGGCUUAAUCGUUCGCACUGAUACACGCA